UGCUAAAUCUUGAGCCUCCUGAUAGGUAGUGGUGUUGCUAAUUGAAGACUCCGCAUUGCGUCAACUCACUAGGAUGCUUUUCGUCUCUUGCUUCGAAAUCGGUAGAGGUAUGCUUGAUGAGCACGGUAAGAGAAUAUCCAGGAUCCUGAGCCAGAUAUCUCCAGAUUGCCGGGUUGGCGGUGGAUCACACAAACUUGCUCAAUCCUUCGCACAACAUAUCAUGACCGCCUGAUAAACUCACUGUCAUUUUCUUCUGCUUCCAUAUUCUGAAGAGCUUCGAAAGACCAACACCGUCGGUUUGUCGAAAUUUAUCAGCUCAAUACCGCAAGCCUGUAGCACCUCGCAACGUAUAAAACACCCGACAAUCAGGGGUUCCGCCCAGGCAAAACAACCUCCACCACAGUCCACAGAAUCUUCGCCCGAAUAGCAGUUUCAAGAUGCUUUCCGCCAUCUCUCAACAACGUCCAGUAUCUGCACCCUCAAAUCCCGACACCCAAAUGAUGGGAGCCAAGUCUGCGGAAAACACCACGAUGACCGCAACAGCGCGCUUCAAGCGGCUCACCCCAAAGCAAACUGUCUCCCAUAAGCAUCGCAUUCGAGGAAACUCAACGUCUCGUCGCACGAGUCGAGCCGUUCGUACCAGAUAUCAGAACAUUGUCUCCAGCAUAAUGUCUCCCCUCCCUCAUCAACACUCGGUCUUCGCAACUGCAGACUCGCCGAACACAGACGUCGACCUCGAAAAAAUGGUAGCCAAGUUCGCAGAGCUCACAAUCACGCCUGCACCAAAUCGCUUCGAGCGUUUUAAUGAGCUGCCACCAGAGCUUCGACUGAGUAUAUACCACUUUGCUUUUGAGUCGGUACUUGAAAGCCCGGAAGAACAAAGCCUGCCCCAUUCUCUAACACAGGUAUCCAGCGAACUGCGCCACGAAAGCACGGUUUCUUUACUACCUCGUAUGAUGCCUCGCAUGAGGGACAUGGUUCUCACACUCGACAAACCUUCACCAUCCCAAGGUUGGGCUGUAAAGCUGGAACCAUGGACUGGCUCAGUCUGGGAGCCUUGGUUAGCACACAAUCCACCACCAACUCUAUGCUUAAACUGGAGCUGGGAAAAUUUCCUCCGCUCAAAAACCGCUAUGGACCAUCUCCAGAACAUAAGGACUCUCAAAUGGAAGUGUGAAGGCAAAGGAUUCAUCGUCGCAUUUGAAUACGAUAUCAUCGCGAGGGUCAACAACCCUGGCAACAUACCGGUAGAAAAUUACCAAGUAUCGUCCGGCGGCACGAUCUACGAACUCGAAACAGGCCCUUCGGUGCCUAUGACCAUGGAUCAGAGAGGACGCCUCAUCUGGCUUCUCCUUGAUGCCAAACAAGCAGUGUGCUCCAUGCAUAUCUUGAAUGAAUUGAAGAAGAUUUGA